UUCUUCUUUUUUUUUUGUUUAAUAUGAAGUUAGGUAAAUCAUGUCAAACUAAAGUGUUUGCUAUUGUGACAUUCCUUGUCACUUAUUAUUAUUUGUAAAAACAAUUUUAAAUGUGACUCUUAUAUUUUUUAAUGUGGUGACAUAUUGGAAGAUACAACAUGGAUAUAUUUAACUAUCUGUAGAUUAUAUGUUACUUGGAAUAUACUUAUUGAGAUUUCUAUAUUAAAAAAUUCACAAGUCAAUUAUAAAUAUAAAUUUUUUAUAUAAUAUAUAGUCACAUAAAUCAGCAUAAAAUAACAAAAUGGCAUUUCUGAGUCAACAAAAUAAUCUGCAGGUAAUUUAACAAUAAAUUAAGUAUUUUGAUAUUAAGAAUCUUAGAACUUAGGUAAGUUUGCCUUUUGAAAUUAUUGAAACAUAACAAUUUACAAUACAAAGAUAAAGUGCACAUUAAAUCUUUAACAGGCCAACUUCUAUGCACAAUUGGCACAUAAUUCAUUACAGACAGCUGCUACAUACUCCAACAUCAUUCUCCGUCAUAUUAAGUCGGCAGAGGAUUCUUCCACUCAAAUUGUAAGCGAACUUGGUACUACAGACGUAGCAAUCGGGGUAACAAUUUCCUUCGCUUGGCACAUCUUACUUCAUCCUUGGUAAAAAUUUUGAUUCAAUUAUCCUUGCGCAGGAUGCGACCGCGGAAAUUAUGAUAACGACGCUUGGAAAAAUUCCAAAUGAAAUGUAUUACUUGGAAGAUACAACUGCCGGAAAGAUUGCAGCUUACGGCACCGAAUCGCGCAUGAUGCUCGAUCGCAGCCACACCACCUUGGCAGCUUCGAUCGAAAAUAAUAAACCGGAGUACCCGGAACGCUCGACGUUGCUAAUCGUUCUGCUGACCACGCUCCUAAUUAUAUUAUUCAUGUGCUGCAUCACGGCGUGUAUUAUCGCGAGAUCCAGGAGGAGACAUGCCUUCCUUACGAAAAGCGACGUCGAGUGUAGUCCGGACUGCAAGGGUGUAAACCAGCCCUUGCUGGACAAGGCUUCCGACGCGACCACCAGAACCAGCUCGACAAGGGACUGACGAGAGACCGUUUGUACGCGUCUCGAACACGAUUAUCCCUCAGCCUCACUAUCGAAAAAACGGAACGACGAAGUACGAAUCGCCGAAGUGCCGUUCUUAACCACAAAAUUGAGUCACGCGCGAACUGUCGUGAGAAACUUAUGCACGGGCAAUGACGCGGAGCGUGAACGUCCGAUAGAAAGGCGAAAUCGUAGUGUACGAGGCAAAACGUAAAGAACCAGGAGCUGCGGGAGAUGAGGCGAAAAAUUUGCGAUCUUUCGACGAGACGGAAGGUUAGACUUACCAGGUUU